GCGUGAACAGAGUCCCGUCCCUGCCAUGCAAGGCAUGCUUUCAACUUGGGCGGCACUCCUGCCCGUCCACACUCCUGACCAGAUGACGUCGCUGAUGUAUAACCACAUGACAGCGCAGGUACUGAUCCAGGGAUAAGUUCCGUUUGCAAGCUCAUUGUUAAACGGUUGCAGAUAUUGUCAGCUGUCGGGUUAUUGUAUCGGCAACAUUUUUAAGUGGCUACCUGGAUUAAAGUCAACCUGAACCCUCCAUUCUUAAAAUAAAUGUAAAGAAUAUUUUUGUACAUGGCGUUUCAGCACCCACCUGUGGCCUCACAGAGAGUGGAGACCCCGGUUGUAUGCAAUAGGUCAAGUGAGUUCCGAAUGGAGGACUCAAGAAGACUUUUAUGACCCCAUGUUUACAGUCUACCAAUCACACUGUUAUAAUAAUGGGGACCGAUGAGAGCGAAAUGAAACUUAUUUCUAACUCAUUGCCCCUGGGCAUGUUUUAACUAAAUACAAAGUAGACUUUACCUCGGUAUCUGUUUUCUCAGAGCUUGCUAUACAUCUUAUCGCCUUACUUUAGCAUCAUGUCGUUUUAAGUUGCUGGUUUCACCUAGAAACAGAAGACAGAAGAGCUCUGCCGUCUGGAACUGCAUAAAAGGGCUUGGCAUUCGUAGGCACUGGUCUUGUGAUUUUGUCUCUUUUGUCUCCCUUAUUUUUUUUUAAUCGAGCCCCCCCCCCUGCACAUUUUCACCAAACGCUUAUUCUUUUAACAUUUCCACCACCUUCCCCCUUCUUAAGUUUCCAACGUAAAAUCGAUCUUCGGAUGCGAUUUGACCUGACUUUUGACAAUCAAAACAAACAACUUCAACAGCCCGCAAACCACUCGCUUUCGGAACAGAGCCAAAGGAACAAACGUGCGACUGAGACUGUCUCCCUUCACUCUUCUUCCUCCUCUGCUCAUCCGUCAUGCCAAGAAUCCUAACGUUGCGAGACAGAUCUGAUGCAGCGGAGCCUCGAAGCCCAGGUUCAGACUGUGCAAAGCGCGAAAAGACUUCGAGGUGUGUGUGCGAGAGAGAGUGGAGAGCAGGAUACGACACAACAAUGGCGUCCACGCCGUGCUGUGGCCGCUUCUUGCUCCUCAUCGUCUUCCUAGGACCUUGUAUGGCAGCUCCGGCACCUCAAGAUUUGCCAGUGGCUCCCAAUGGAGAUCCCUUCGCCCCACCCCCAAACUACUACCCGCCCCCUCCUCCUCCAACUUACAGCUACCAACAGCCCCAGCAGUUUGGAGGUCCUCCCCAGCCGCCCAAUAACUUCAUACCUCCUCCCAACAACAACUAUAUUGGACCACCGCCUCCCCAGCCCAUGCCACCACAGCCACAGUACUUCCAGCCUCUUCCACCCCAACACGGCGGAUUCCAGCAGUUUAGUCCACCUGCUGGACAGAGUAUCUACCAGCCCAUGCCUGCUGCGGCCGCGGCCGCUAUGUCAGGUCCGGCCUAUUCGACGGGACCAAAGGAAGAAUUUGAGGCAGAUGGCUCCAAGGGAGGAUACUCCGGGCAUUCACACGCAAUGCCAGCAUCUAUGGAUUUCUUUGGCACCCCUCAGACUUCCCUCCUGGAUGCCUACUACAAACCCAGGCAGGGCAUGUACAACGGUUACAAUAACUACAACAGGCAGAGUAACGACAUUUUUGGAGGCUUGUUAGGAAACUCGCCAGGCGGAAACCUCUUGGGCGCAUUUAUGAUGAACGAAUUGAUUUUUUAGUUUUUUUAUAUGUCGACUGCAGUGUCGUCUUCUUCCUUGAGCUACGGCUAUGAAUGUUACCAACAUGGCAGAUGCACUGACAUGGGUUAAUUCUAAGCUGCUGAAAAUACAGAGGUUCAAAUAUAGCAUUAACACAAAACUACGCCUUGAGCUGACACACGUCACGUUUAAAUACUCGUAGUUGCGUACAGCACCCCAGGCCUUUACAAAGUCUCACAAGAGGAGGUGGCAUUUUCAUUUCUGAUCCAUACUUAGGAAUCAUGGGAUAUUUCUGGUCAAAAAGGUAAAGAAGUUCCUUCUUUUUGUGACAAUGUUUCAUUACUGGUUGUUCUUUUCCUUUGUUGCGUUGAAUAAAAUGAACAAAAACAACUUCCAA